AUGAAUGAAAAGAAAAAGCAUUUUCUCAAUUGGCUGUACCGUUUUACAUUCUCUGGACGUCUGGGCCACGACCGUGUAUUCUGCACACUCUUCCUACAGCCCAAGUUUGAAUUGAACUUCACCUCAGAAGAGCUCACGGCAAAAAUGCAGGCCUGGGACAGGGGAGGGCAGGCCACGUGGGAAUACGAGACGCUGUAUGGUGAACACAGCCUGCUAGUCCAGGAGGCCGAGUCUUCGAUUAGAAAGAUCACAAACAACGGGGGCUACAAGGCCAGGUGGACCCUAAAGGUCACGUGGGUCAAUGCCCACGCCUGUCCUGCCCAGUGGACCCUCGGGAGCAACACCUACCAAGCCAUCCUCUCCACGGACGGGAGCAGGUCCUAUGCCCUGUUUCUCUACCAGAGCGGUAGGAUGCAGUGGGACGUGGCCCAGCACUCAGGCAACCUGGUGCUCAUGGGCUUCUCCAGUGGAGAUGGCUAUUUCGAAAACAGCCCACUGAUGUCCCAGCCAGUGUGGGAGAGGUAUCGCCCUGAUAGAUUCCUGAAUUCCAACUCAGGCCUCCGAGGACUGCAGUUCUACAGGCUACACCAGGAAGAAAGGCCCAACUACCAUCUCGAGUGCCUGCAGUGGCUGCAGAGCCAGCCUCGGUGGCCCAGCUGGGGCUGGAACCAGGUCUCCUGCCCUUGUUCCUGGCAGCAGGGAUGACGGGACUUACGAUUCCAACCCGUCAGCAUAGGUCGCUGGGGCCUCGGCAGUGGGCAGCUGUGCAGCUUCACCUCCUGGCGAGGAGGUGUGUGCUGCAGCUACGGGCCCUGGGGAGAGUUUCGUGAAGGCUGGCACGUGCCGCGUCCUUGGCAGUUCGCCCAGGAACUGGAGCCGCAGAGCUGGUGCUGCCGCUGGAGUGACAAGCCUUCCCUCUGUGCCCUGUACCAGCAGAAGCGGCCCCGCGUGGGCUGUGCUACAUACAGGCCCCCACGGCCCGCCUGGAUGUUCGGGGACCCCCACAUCACCACCUUGGAUGGUGUCAAUUACACCUUCAAUGGGCUGGGGGACUUCCUGCUGGUCGGGGCCCAGGACGGGAACUCCUCCUUCCUGCUGCAGGGCCGCACCGCCCAGACUGGCUCAGCCCAGGCCACCAACUUCAUCGCCUUUGCGGCUCAGUACCGCUCCAGCAGCCUGGGCCCCGUCACGGUCCAAUGGCCCCUUGAGCCUCACGACGCAAUCCGUGUCCUGCUGGAUAACCAGACUGUGACAUUUCAGCCUGACCAUGAAGGCGGCGGAGGCCAGGAGACGUUCAACGCCACCGGAGUCCUCCUGGGCCGCAACGGCUCCGUGGUCUCGGCCAGCUUCGACGGCUGGGCCACCGUCUCGGUGAUCGUCUCCAACAUCCUCCACGCCUCCGCCAGCCUCCCGCCCGAGUACCAGAACCGCACGGAGGGGCUCCUGGGGGUCUGGAAUAACAAUCCGGAGGACGACUUCAGGAUGCCCAAUGGCUCCACCAUUCCCCCAGGGAGCCCUGAGGAGAUGCUUUUCCACUAUGGAAUGACCUGGCAGAUCAACGGGACAGGCCUCCUUGGCAAGAGGAAUGACCAGCUGCCUUCCAACUUCACCCCUGUUUUCUACUCACAACUGCAAAAAAACAGCUCCUGGGCUGAAGAUUUGAUCUCCAGCUGUGACGGAGACAGCUCAUGCAUCUAUGACACGCUGGCCCUGCGCAACGCAAGCAUCGGACGUCACACGAGGGAAGUCAGUAAAAAAUACAAGCAGGUGAACGCCACCCUCAAUCAGUACCCGCCCUCCAUCAAUGGUGGUCGUGUGGUUGAAGCCUACAAGGGGCAGACCACGCUGAUUCAGUACACCAGCAAUGCUGAGGAUGCCACCUUCACGCUCAGAGACAGCUGUACCGACUUUAAACUCUUUGAGAAUGGGACGUUGCUGUGGACACCCAAGUCGCUGGAGCCAUUCACUCUGGAGAUUCUAGCAAGAAGUGCCAAGAUUGGCUUGGCCUCUGCACUCCAGCCCAGGACCGUGGUCUGCCAUUGCAAUGCAGAGAGCCAGUGUUCGUACAACCAGACCAGCAGGGUAGGCAACUCCUCCCUGGAGGUGGCUGGCUGCAAGUGUGACGGGGGCACCUUCGGCCGCUACUGCGAGCGCACCGAGGAUGCCUGUGAGGAGCCGUGCUUCCCGAGUGUCCACUGCGUUCCUGGGAAGGGCUGCGAGGCCUGCCCUCCAAACCUGACUGGGGAUGGGCGGCACUGUGCGGCUGUGGGGAGCUCUUUCCUGUGUCGGAACCAGUCCUGCCCUGUGAAUUGCUGCUACAAUCAAGGCCACUGCUACAUCUCCCAGACUCUGGGCUGUAAGCCCACGUGCACCUGUCCCCCGGCCUUCACCGACAGCCGCUGCUUCCUGGCUGGGAAUAACUUCAGUCCAACUGUCCACCUAGAACUUCCCUUAAGAGUCAUCCAGCUCCUGCUCAGUGGAGAGGAAAAUGCCUCCAUGGCAGAGGUCAACGCCUCGGUGGCAUACAGACUGGGGACCCUGGACAUGCGGGCCUUUCUCCGCAACAGCGAAGUGAAACGAAUUGAUUCCCCAGCACCGGCCUCGGGAAGCCCCAUUCAACAGUGGAUGGUCAUCUCGGAGUUCCAGUACCGUCCUCGGGGCCCCGUCAUCAACUUCCUGAACAACCAGCUGCUGGCCGCGGUGGUGGAGGCGUUCUUAUACCACGUUCCAUGGAGGAGUGAGGAGCCCAGGAACGACGUGGUCUUCCAGCCCAUCUCCAGGGAAGACGUGCGCGAUGUGACAGCCCUGAACGUGAGCACGCUGAAGGCUUACUUCAAAUGCAUUGGCUACAAGGGCUACGACCUGGUCUACAGCCCCCAGAGCGGCUUCACCUGCGUGUCCCCGUGCAGUAGGGGCUACUGUCACCAUGGAGGCCAGUGCCAGCACCUGCCCAGUGGGCCCCGCUGCAGCUGUGUGUCCUUCUCCAUCUACACGGCCUGGGGCGAGCACUGUGAGCACCUGAGCAUGAAACUCGACGCGUUCUUCGGCAUCUUCUUUGGGGCCCUGGGCCGCCUCUUGCUGCUGGGGGUCGGGACGUUCGUGGUCCUGCGUUUCUGGGGUUGCUCCAGGGCCAGGUUCUCCUAUUUCCUGAACUCAGCUGAGGCCUUGCCUUGAAGGGGCAGCUGUGGCCUAGGCUACCUCAAGACCCACCUCAUCCUCACCACACACUUAAGGCGCCAUUGCUUUUGGGAGACUGGAAAAGGGAAGGGGACUGAAGGCUGUCAGGAUUCUUCAAGGAGAAUGAAUACCGGGAAUCAAGACAAGACUAUACCUUUUCCACAGGCGCAGGUGCACAGGGGGAGGCCAUAAAGAUCAAACAUGCAUGGAUGGGUCCUUACGCAGACACACCCACAGAAGGACACUAGCCUGUGCACGCGCGCGUGCAUACACACACACACAAACACACACACAAGAGUUCAUAAUGUGGUGAUGGCCCUAAGUUAAGCAAAAUGCUUCUGCACACAAAACUCUCUGGUUUACUUCAAAUUAAACUCUAUUUAAAUAAA